UGCGAAUCUGCGAUCGCCGGGAUGCCCUCGUCUUCUGCCUCAAACAAGUUUCGGCCUUUAAAUUCACAACAAUUGUGAUAAAAACGAUUUCCAUCGUUUCCAAUCAGCUCGCCAAGAGGAUCAAAAUGGCAUCUGCUUCCACGGCAGCGACUACUCAUAAGAUGCGAGGCCUCCUUCAGGUUUGUUGCAGAAAAAAAGAGAGGGAUCGAGACCACCAUCAUCACCCUUUUAAGGUGGUCGAGAUAACGCCGCCGCCUAGAAACCUCGGUGUCCGAUGCUUGCCCUCGAAUAUUCACUGUGGGGAAAGUCUGACCAUAGAAGGGCAAGCAUACACUGUUUCAGCUGUUAUCCAUCGGUACCAACUGCGCAAGGGAAAAUAUGAACCAAGAGAGAGAAGGAUAGAUGUUCAAUCAACUGGAAGAUAUAUUCUUAACUUGUACCUUGAAAAUCUUCUUGAACAAUCAUAAUCAUAUUCGAAAUUCGAAUCUUGCAUCCACUUUAUGUGAAUUAUUCUUCUUAUAUGCAAUAAUAUAGUCUAAAAGAAGAAAAAUGGCUAAGUUCUA